AUGCUUCAAGUCGAACCCCACCGAUCACCCAGGGGUGUUGCCAAGGAUAGGCGUCCAUCCAGUGUCCUGCAGCACAUUGACCACAAGGCUGCCGGUCCAUCUUCGCGGCGGUCCAACAAGUCUCUCCCUCUUGCUUCCUACAAGACCAGUCACAAGCGCAGAGCCUCUACCUCGUCGGUCUCCAGUGUCUCCUCGGUAUCAUCGAUCGAGGCCCUCAGCGACGACACGAACGAUUCAGAAGAGGAUGCCGAUGAUGAAAAAGAACAACCAGGGGCCCGUGGCCCGUCCUACGGCCGCCGUGAUAAGGGCCGUAAGGCGGGUCUGAAGUCGACGAGUCGGAAGCGCGUGAGACUGUCCGACGACGACGGCUACGCUGGCCUUAGCAGUGACGAAAGCGAAUCCGAAGGAAGCUCGGAUGAUGUCUACGCUGCUGUCGACGAUAUCAGUGAUGGAGAUGACGAAGAUCAAGACGUUGAAAUACUGGAGGAGUUGCUGAUCGUCGAGUCCGAAGAUGAGCAUGAAGUUGGCGACGUGUUCAAGAACCCUUCCACUGUCACGGAACACGAAUGGUCUGGGACUAAUACCUUCGACGACCACAUGCUUCUCUCGGCUGCCUCGUUCUUCGAUGAGGACCAGCUGUACAGUGCCAUGGAAACCUUUGGCGAGACUGACUUCGCCAGCGAAGUUGCUGCGGAGACACCGAUUCCGCGCCGUGUUCAUUUCCAGGAAGACUCCGACUCCUCGUCGGAUAGUGACUCCCACACGGAUGAUGAAAUUCCCAGUGAUUUCCUUCAACAGGACAGCCUCGAUCCUCAGCUGCGCCGUAUGAUUGAGAACGACAAUGAAAAUGUUGUCAGCCGCCGUCGCCAGUCCGACGAACUGUUCGCCGAGUCGGACUAUGGCCAUUCAAAUAUAUACCAUGUCGAGUCUGACGCCGUCUCCGAGGAAUCGGAGUCCAGCGGCUACGAGACCGAUGAUGGUGAUACCACAGAUGAAGACCUUCCACCUCCCGCAACAAUCACCCACCCUCGUUCCAUUCUCCGCCGCGAUUCAUCCGCCUCCCUGACUCCUGUCGCCGAGAGCAAGAACACUCCUCCCGUACGUCGACGUGGCCCGAUCCUGGGAACCUUUGUUGCCGAUCCCCACAAGCCAGUAGCCUUGGUUGACUGCACUGGCAAGCAUCUUGUGAUCAUCCCUGCGUAUGCCUCAUCUCGCCAUGAUUGGCUUGAGUCCGCGACCAACAGCAUCUGCGGCACUGCCAACAAUAGCCCCCGGGCCACCACAAUGCACCUCAUCGACGAGAGUGAUACUGAUGCUCUGGGAUCGCCAAACCGCCAUGAUCUUAGCCCCAUGCUGGCCUCCAGUGCUAAUCUUAUGAUGACUGCUCUGGGCAAUGACAUUGCCCCGGGGGGUCAGGUCAUGGGCCCUCCCGAGGCAUUCUACCCGUCUCGUGAUUUUGCCAUCGAUAGCUCUUUCGAGGACGAUGACGAGGAUGAUCCGGAGUCUGCUCUAAACGUCGAGGACUUUAUCGACUUCGGAGACGGCUCGUCCGAUGAGGAGAUGGGCAAGAUGUUUGAUGACGCCCUCGCUUCACCGAUGGCCACCACUACCAUGGCGGCCCCCACCGGCACUCCCACACCGAAUCGCGGGGGAGAGUCGCAGCAGGCCAGCAGUGCGGAACGCUUCUUGAAUCACCUGGACCGUGGCAUUGUGACCGCUUUCCGUCGGAACCACAACAGGUACCAAGCAUUGCUGCGUCUGCCCCAGCACCGCGAAUUCAUGCCCGCUAAUUCCCCGUCGCGACCUGCGAGCGUCUUCCGACACGCCAAGCAUGCUGAUCAGCGCACUCCUACUCGGAAGCGUAAGGCUGGCGGUUAUGCUGGGGGAGAGGCGGUCCGACGAAAGCUCAUGGACGCCCAGCGGCGUACGCAAAUCCCCUUCUAA